GGAUUGGACAGUCUUUUUUUCGAAUUUCUGAUUAAUUUUUUUAAUCAAAAUUAUUAUUAUUAUUAUUUUUAUUUUUUUUAGGAAAACUGUUCAAUUUGGGAUCUGUCCGAUCCUUCCCACUUGUCUGCUGCCUACCUGUUCCUCCCCCUCUCCCGGGCACGACAGUGCAUGCCACUGCUCACUCGAUCACAGACCAAGGUCAUGGACCGGAAGGCGGAAGAAUCCCUCCUGGCCUACGAGGAACGCCUGGCGGCAUUCAUUCAAGAGGCCAACGAUAGGGCCGCCGCCGCAGCCAAGGAACGAAGUCAGAUUGAGCAAGCAGAGGAGGUCAAGCGACGGAAGGAGGAACAGGACCAACUUCGUCAAGAGGAGGUAGACCUGCAGGCGGCAACUGAACACCGGUCACGCCAGAGGGAACGACUGUUCACGCGGGAGACCGUGAUCGGGGAUGAGACCGCACAUUGCGUGGCGAUGACAUCUGCAGACGAGGCCCCGGAGACUGACAAAGGGUUGUCCGCCGUUGCGCAGAUCUCCCACGACCUCGUGGCCACCUGCGCCCUGCAGAAGGAGGAAAUCCUUCACCUGCAGCAAACAGUGGACCAGAUGCUUACACGACUGCAGGCGUUGGAGAAACAGCCAGCUGCUGUAGCAGCCGCUGGGCCUUCCAACCUUACCACCCGCGUUCAAGUCUUGGAGGAUGACGUCAGCAAUAUCAAGCGUGUGCAUCAGGAUUUCAGGACGUCGUAGCAAGCAACGAACUUGCAGUUGGAGACGC